AUCUAUCACUGUCUCCGAGGGAGAUGUGCCCGGCGGAGCAGGGGCUACAACGAGAACUCGCACCACGGAGGAUGCUACAGCAGCAGCGAGGGCUUCUCAAGCCUCCAGGGACAUGGCUCCUUCUUCUGUGGUAGGGAAGGCUCAGUCACCUGCAGCCGGGGAACAUCAUCCUGGCAGCCCAUGCCAACAUCAUCCACCUGCAGCAUUGCAGCAGGGUACAGCUGUGGUGGCGACGGAUCCGUUGUCAUAGCCAGUGAUGACAGUGGGGGAACAUCUGGCUGGGGCGUUGCAGAGGGGACAGUCCCAGUCUACAGCACGGGGCGGAGAAUAGGGUACAGCCGUGAGGACUCAGGCCGGAACAUCAUUGGCAGCUCAGGAGGUGGUGGAGGAUCCACUGGGAGAUUGGGCAUCACUGUGGGAGGAGGCUCUGGAUAUGGAUACGAUGCAUCACCAAGAGAAAGGGCCUUAACAACAGGUGGGGAUGGGGAUGGAUCAGGGUAUUAUAGUGGAGGAUCAGGCUAUGGCACUGGGGGAUACUCAGGCCCAGAGCUCAGCUCUGGAGGUGGUGGGUCCUCCCAGGCCACACAACAGAAAUGCCCCGUGGAUGUUCCCAAAAUCAAGACCCAGCAGAGCAAGCAGACCAGCCACUGGCCCCCCAGCCAGAAGAAAUGA